CGGACACGUUUCUUUACGUACUGUGUCGUAGCAGUUUGACGGUAUGUGGAAAGUAGCAAUGUCGGAGGAGGUUGGGAAGGCGCUUCGCUCGGUCGUGGAGCGGGUGAACCAGGCGGCGGCACGGCGGCCCAAGACACUACCAGCUGUGCCGCCCCGCCUGGUAGCUGUCAGCAAGACCAAACCCCCAGACAUGGUUGUGGAAGCCUACAGACAAGGGCAGCGUAACUUUGGAGAAAAUUAUGUUAAUGAACUUGUGGACAAAGCUUCAGACCCUCUGAUUUUAGACUCAUGUCCAGAAAUCAAGUGGCACUUUAUCGGCCAUCUGCAGAAGAAUAAUGUCAACAAACUCUUGGGCGUGCCAAACCUGUUCCUUGUGGAGACCGUAGACUCUGCGAAACUGGCCGACAGGGUCAACAGCUCGUGGCAGCGGAUCAGAGGAGCCAGCACACAGAGGUUAAAGAUCAUGGUGCAGAUCAACACCAGCGGAGAACAGAAUAAACAUGGGCUGCCACCAGAGGAGACGGUGAACACAGUGAAACACAUCGUGUCCCAGUGCUCCGCCCUGCAUUUCUUAGGACUCAUGACCAUCGGCCGUUAUGGCUACGACCUCACCCUGGGCCCCAACCCGGACUUUCAGAUGCUGCUGAGUCGGAGGCAGGAGGUGUGUGACAGUCUGAAGCUGCCUCUGGAGGAGGUAGAACUCAGCAUGGGUAUGUCCACAGAUUUUGAACAUGCGAUUGAGGUGGGCUCCACCAACGUGCGAGUGGGCAGUAUUAUAUUUGGCAACAGGGACUAUCCCAACAGUGCAGCGAACACUCCAAACCCCAGUCCGGCUCCCAGUCCGGCACCCAGUCCGGCGCCCAGCCCGGAGAAAUCCGCCAAGACGGUGUCAGAAGAGGCCGCCAAGAAGAUGCAGCACCUCACUGUGUCUGGACACUAAGAAGAGCUUCUUCUCCUCUGAAAUACCUUUUAAGAAAAGAAAAAAAACACUUCACGCUCAAGCUGAACAGAGCAGUGAAGCAGGUCAUUUCCACAGAGCCAUGUGGAGCUAGGAUUGCAAAAUUCCUGCAUAAUUUUAAAGUGUAUUUGCCUAAUCCUCUUCACUUUUUUGCCCUUCUUGCUCUUUUAAGCAUUAAAAAGUGGCAUUCGGUAUACAGAACUAGUUCUACCUUUUUUAAAAGUAGCGUGUUACUAACCUAUAGUGCUCUGACUUCCUUCUCAUGGAAACCUCUCCUACAAGGUUACUGGACAAAUGUACAACUACUGAAAACACGGUGACAUAUGGAAAAUGAUUUCACUUGAGUUACGCGAUAGAGAGGAUUUGUUGUGCUGAUGUGAUCUUUUCUACCUUUCCUUAACGGUGUACAGUGUCCCACACAGAUCAGGAAUUCCACACAGUACAGUGUACCGUUUUUGUUGGACAGAUGAAACAAAGACUUGAUUUAAUAAAUCAUUUAUCCCUUUAUAAUGACACAUAGUAUUGUGCGUUUGAUAUUGUUUCGUAUGGUGUGCCAAAUGUGUCAAAUCUCUAUUCUUGAUAUUAACAAAUCCAAGUAGUGUUUUGUUUCUGUGUAACAGUCUUGUGUCCAUGGGUACGGUGGGGCGCUUUGUUGGAGAAGGAAGGGAGUGAAUCUAUGCAAAGAGAUGAUUUUGUUUGAGCAGUUUUACACUGCAGCCAUCAUGGUGGUGCAGGGGUUUCUUCAAACAGGUCACAAGGUCAGUGUAUUUUUCUGUCUCCGUGAAGAGUGCUUUCAUUGUCUGAUUUAAAAAAAAAAAAAAAAAUUAACAAAAGGUUGAUCAGCUUGUGGUUAGACAUGUGGUUGCAGCAUUGUUUGGUUUGGAAUCUGGCUAUGAGGGAAGCCAAAGCCAAGCAAUAAAUUUUACUGUUGAAAACA